AAACCAAACGAAAACCAAGGAUUUCUCUCCAUGGCCAGCGGACCGAUUCAGCCGGCCCAAACCCGACGAGACCUAUGCAGAAAACACGGUGCUUGUGAUGGAACCGUGAUCUGUUCUUGUUGGAGAUAUGGCGGUGGCGUGGGAGCGUGCUUGGCGCGCGUUGGCUGCAAGGCUCUGCAUCCUCUCACGGGCGCAACAUGCGGGUGGCACUACGGGGGCACUGUUGGAGGACGACGAGCCGCCGGAUGCUCUGUCCCCUGCGCCGGUGUCCACACGGGCGGUCUCAAGGUCCGGGAGUCGGAGCACAAUGGAACAGCGAGAGCCUAGCGAGAGCGCGAGCCCCCGCCGUGCGUCACUCCGACGCCGGCGUCCACCACUCCCGCCGUUGGCCACUCCGGCGACGGCGUCCACCUCCUCUCGCCGCCCCCCUCCCUCUUCCUCUCUCGCGGGCGCGGGCUUCGGCGCCAUGGCCUCAAGCCCCAACUCGGUGGUUGCGCCCUCUCGUCGCGCGGGGGACAGGCCGGUGGUUUCCGGCCUCGGCAUCUCCUCGUGCUCGGAGUCUUCUGGCGCUGCGGGUGGUCAUGAGGUCUCGUCGCGGACGAGGCCCGCGGAGGGAGCUGCGGCUGCCGGCGCGGGUGCUAGCGGGCUCCGGCAGGUGGCGCCCUGGGCUCCGGCUCCGAUGUCCAAGAAGACGUUGUGGAGGCGCCGCCAUGAUCGGGAUCUGCAGGCCCUGCAGCAGCGGCCAAGCCCGCCUUCGUCCUCUCCUCGCCGCGAGAUGUCCCCUGACAUGGACGGGCUCUGCUUCUGGUGCCUCCAGGAGGGCCACUUCCGCCAUGACUGCACAAACCCCAUCGUGUGUAUUCGGUGCAGCGAGGAAGGGCAUGGCACAAGGGGCUGUAAGCGGCCGCGCAGUCCCACCUCGGAGGCGGAGCUCCGUCGUCAGGCGGUGGCCAUGGUGGCGCGGCGCACCUCCCGGUCGGCAACCCCUUCGAGCAGCUCGCUUCCGCCACCGCCACCCCCGUCUCUGGCCCCAGUGGAGGCUUGGCCACGGCUGGGCACGCGGCAUCCCCUCCCCCCGGCCCCAAGGUUGCAGAUGCAGAUGGACACGGCCAUGGUGCCGUCUGAGCUGUGUGUCGUUCGGCGCACCCCGGCCAUGGACGACUUGGAGAGGCGCCUCCAACUCGCUAUGGUGGUGUACGCGGGCGGCGCAAGGAGGGAGAUUUCGUCGGAGCUUGUGGUUGAGGCGCUCCAGGACAAGGCAGGCAUUCUGGCAAAGAGGGUCUCGAUCCAUCGUCAUCGACCGGAGGACUACCUCGUCAUCUUUCCGCGGGCGGAGGACCGGAACAGGGUGAGCAACAUGCCGGUGAUGGAGCACAGGGGCGUUCGUCUGUACUUCAGACAGUGGAUCAGGCAGGCGCAGGCAGUCCAUGCGGCGUUCCAGUUCAAGGUCAAGAUUGUGAUGGAGGGGAUCCCACCGCAUGCUUGGGAGCGGGAGGUGGCUGAGACUCUUCUGGGGUCAUCCUGCAUGGUGGAUGUGAUUGAGCCUGAGACUUGUUCUCGAUCUGACCUCUCGGCGUUCAGGUUGACGGCGUGGACGGCACAGCCAGAGGAGAUCCCAUCGUUGCGAUGGCUGGCGGUGCCGGAGCCGGGGAUGCGUUCGCCACUCAUGGAGCCGACCCUUCUUCAGUACAAGGUUUUGAUUCACGUCGACGAGAUUGCGGACUACACAGAGGCGGAGGAGCCACAGUUUUUGGGUGCUUCGUCAGGAAGCGAGCAGAGCGGCCUGCCGGAGGACCCUGACGCAUUGGGCAUGGGCGGCGAACGUGGACCGACGAGAUUGCGCAAAGUUUGGCGUUUUGGAGUGCGGGAUGAGAGGGGUGGCGCCGAAGCUGGUGGAGGCAUCGCCCAUGGUGGUGGUGCACGGAGUACGCCGGCCAUCGUGGAGAUGUCCGGCGAAGGGCAGGAUUAGAAAAUCCCUCACAUGCAGACGGUUCUGGGGGCCCCACCU